GAAGCCGAUUUGGGUCCCAGACGGGGCGGCGAAGCGUUCCCGGCCCUGCCAGCCGCUCUUACGCGUCUUGGGGGCUUCCCACCUGACGCGAGUCGGUGUGCAUUGUCACGCUGCCGCCCGUCACAUGAUCCGUGCGCCCGCAGGGAAGAGAAGCGGCGAGCCGCCCUGCAGCCAGCAUGGCCCGCCUGCCCGCCGCCGUCCUCGUCCUGCUGGCCGCCGGAUCCGCGGCCGCGGUGUGGCCGCAGCCCCAGUACGUGAGCGAGGGCGCGGGGGGCGGCUGCCGUUUGAGCGCCGCCCGGUUCCGCUUCGCCUAUGCCGACCGCUCGGCGGUGGCGCCCGGCUGCGAGGUGCUGGAUCAGGCGUUCCGCCGCUACUGGGAGCUCCUUUUCCUUGCUGGAGGGAAUGGCAAGUCUGAGGAUUCCCCGUGCAACGUGCUGAGCGUCAACGUCACCAAGCCGGGGUGCGAUGGCUUCCCUGCGCUGGACUCCUCCGAGAAUUACCAGCUGACAAUUUCAGACCAGCUGAUGCUUCUGACUGCAGACACCGUCUGGGGUGCUCUUCGAGGGUUGGAGACCUUCAGCCAGCUUGCCUGGAAGGACGACAAUGGGAUGUUCUCCAUCAACAAAACCGAUGUGGUCGACUUCCCCCGCUUCCCUCACCGGGGUCUGCUACUUGACACAUCUCGUCACUACUUGCCUCUGAAAGCCAUUCUGGAAACACUGGAUGCCAUGGCUUACACCAAGCUCAAUGUGUUUCACUGGCACAUUGUGGACGAUCCUUCCUUCCCAUAUCAGAGCGUCAAGUUCCCGGAUCUCAGCCAGAAGGGGGCCUACAACCCUUUCACCCACGUGUACACUGCCAGUGAUGUGAAGAUGGUGAUCGAAUAUGCCCGGCUGCGUGGGAUCAGGGUGAUUCCAGAGUUCGACACUCCUGGCCACACCCGCUCCUGGGGGCCAGGUGCCCCAAGGUUGUUGACUCCCUGCUAUGCGGGCUCCAAGCCCUCUGGAGCCUACGGACCGGUCAAUCCCGUCCUAAACACCACUUACCAGUUCAUGUUGGAGUUCUUUGCCGAAGUCAGUGCCGUGUUCCCAGACUUCUACGUUCACCUGGGCGGAGACGAGGUUGACUUCACUUGCUGGAAAUCCAAUCCAGACAUCCAGACAUUCAUGAAGAAGAUGGGGUUUGGCCAAGACUACUCUAAGCUGGAAUCCUUUUACAUCCAAAAGCUUUUGGAUAUUGUCUCGUCUUAUGGGAAAGGCUACGUGGUGUGGCAGGAGGUGUUUGAUAACGCAGUGAAGGUGAAGCCCGACACCAUCAUACACGUAUGGAAGCAGGACAACGGGCACUAUCCGAACGAGACAGCACGUGUCACCAAAGCCGGCUACCGGGCCCUGUUAUCUGCCCCUUGGUAUCUUAACUAUAUCUCCUACGGGCAGGACUGGCUAGGGAUUUACCUGGUGGAGCCCCUGGCAUUCAAAGGCAGUUCGGCGCAGAAAGAUCUGGUGAUCGGCGGCGAGGCUUGUAUGUGGGGUGAAUACGUGGAUGUCACAAACUUGAGCCCAAGACUCUGGCCUAGAGCUGGCGCUGUAGCAGAGCGGUUAUGGAGCAACAAGACCGUCCGAAACACGCGCGAUGCUUAUAGGAGGCUGGCGGACUUUCGAUGUACGCUGCUGAGGCGAGGGAUCCGGGCAGAGCCCCUCUUCACAGGAUAUUGUGAACAUGAAUAUGGCAGCGUUUGAUGGCUGCCGUCUGCUCAGGGGCCACUGCGAACUGACUGUCUCUCUGGGAAAGCAGGACUGACUUCCUUUUCAAUCAACGUGAUGCAGCAAAGGGAAAUCCAUCCAUCGUGGCUCAUGGAUAACUGAAUUUCCCCCCCAACAAGCACCACGCUCCCCUGUUUUCUAAAUAAAUAACGUGGCCCAGUGGACUCUGAUGAAGACAGUGCCUUCCUGUUUAUCACAGUUCUAUGUCCCGGCAGCUGUAUUAAAGGGAUCAAGGUAAUGACUAGGGCUGCCAAUCUCUGGGUGAGGUCUGGAGAUCUAGAAUUACGGCCGAUCUC